AUCCAUGGGUCUCUCACUGAACUCACCAGCAGGACUGCAGACUUGCGAGAUGCGCCCAGCCGAGGCGGGUCGGCGAUGGACGUUGUUAAUCACCCGGAAAUGCCUUGCGGAAUGUUUACAGCCCAGGAAGAGGAGGAAAUGCAUAUGCGUGCAGAUGCAUAUGGGCACGAGCGUGGGUAGUAUUUAAGACCUAGGCUGAUGUAACAGUCUUGACUUGACUCAUUUUCGUCUAACGACCGGCGCGGGCGCGGCGUACGCAACGCGUUUCUCGGACAUAAAAGCGAUCGUGGAUCUGAAGCGCUCGGUACCAGGUCGAGCGUUACGUUCGCCAUAAGGAAACAAGGAAUGAUCAUCGUGGAUAAAGAAGACGAGUCAAAUUUGGCGAUCUUACGUCUUACAUCAUCUUACAUCACGCAGGAAUGCCUGAUCCUGUCGUAAUUCCCGCUCAGACCUUGUUUAUGAGCGAAAUGAAACGCGUAUGACGUUGCUGUUUACCUGAACGAUCGAUAACCCGUAUUGGGCGGAGCGAUUUGUACGUACGUUUCCGAUCGUAUUGCGACAGGUUUUUACUGGGUCAGCGCGAAACAACACGCAGCAUUAAGAGAUUCUCGUUAGCUGCCAUUUCAAAUUAAUUUAUAUAUAUUAUAUUAAAAUUAGUAAAUGAAUUAACGAUAAAUACAAUAUUUAUCGUCAAAAUAGCUCAAUUAUUUUGUUCAAGAAAGAGCACAGUUAAUUCCAACAAAUUCCUUUCACCUUAAUUCUUUCCAUUUUUAUUUUGAUCUUUAAUUAUAAUUCAGAACUUUUUGAAAGUUGCAGUUCUAAAAUUCAAUAUCUCAGAAGCAUCGAAGAUUUUCUUUCGAGCUUCGUGGACCUCUAAUCUUAACAUGACAGCAAUUCCGAUGUCAAAAAUCAAUUUCCGCUUUUUUCAUUCAGCUAGAGAAUACUUUUCCAUGUAACGGCUAAUUAUGGCAUAUAAAUUAAUUUAAUUAAUUGCUAUUAAUAGCAAUUUACAUUCAAUUUGUUAUUUGGUUAGUUAAUUUUUUGCUUUGGAUAUUUCUUUUAAUCAACGUAAAUUUCUGAUAAUGUGUUUUUGUAGGAAUUCCGUAGACAUGACGUAUAUCAUGACGCUCAGGCAAAUUGGGUAAUAUAAAAAAUACACACUUGACAAUAGCUUCUUUUAUAGGCACCUAACGGAUCUUGCGAACGUUACGCCGCUGAGCCCGAUUGCUUAGCAACCGGAAGUACUAACAGAAGCUGCUAUGUCGCUGUACAGCUGCUCAGCUGUACGGGGGUGACAGAUGUCUUCUUUAAAUGUCGGCGUCCGAUGUCACCGCGCGUCGCGACGAUUGGAGGAGUGUUGCUCGUCCCUGCAUGGAUCAUCGUGAUCGACGGCGCCGAUCGCGAAGACGUCGACGUCUUCCGCAAAAUUGACGGUUCUCUCUCUCUCCCUUAAGCUGUCUCCUAUGAAUCUAAAUUCGCGAAAGAAAAGUACAUAAAAGAUUGUCAGAGAAUAAAGUCGACCCGAAAAUGGCGCUCAAGCAACAACCGACUCAGGACGAAUUGGAGCUGGAGACCAUGGCGGAGGCUGAGUUGUCCAGGUUGAAAACACAAUACAGGAUAAUGGAGAACGAUCGGGCUACGUGCGCGGAGGACGCGAGACUGCAGCUUCGUCAUCAGCAGGAUAUGAUUGAUCGUCUAGAAUGCGAGAAGGCCGAGCUCGUGCUGGCGAUCAAGACCGCGAAAUCAAAAGCGUUCGCGCGCAAGGACCAGGAGAUGGACAGAAAACUGAGAUGCCUGCUGACGAAACGCGCCACGUAUAUCGAGAUGAUCGAGAACGAGAAGCAGCAGAUCGCCGAACUCGACGGACAGAUCAGCAAGCUGACGAAGGAAGUCACGAGCCUGAAGAUGAAAGUGAUCACCGAUACGCAAUCGCGGGAGAUAGCGACGCGGCACAGCCAGACGAUACUCAUGCUGGAGAACCGGGUGGAGGUGGCCACGAAGAGGUUCAACCUGGUGAUCGCGAACAACACGAAGCUACGCGUCGAGAUCGAGACCCUGUUGAAGGAACAGGCGCAGUUCACGCAGCUCUGGAACAGGCUGAUCGGCCAGGUGAACACGGGCAAGCAGAUCAUCAACGACCUGAUCGAGCAGGCGACGAUCACGUUCAAUCAGCGAGACGAGGAGCUCAACAAGAUCCAGGCGCUACGCGAGAGGGGAAUAAGAGACCUGAAGAACCAUACGUCGGAGAUGUGCGAGUUGAAGAGGACACUGGACAACGAGAUGAAGCUGCAGGAAUUUCUCGGCGUGAAGGGACAGUUUCGCGAGAUGGGCGAUCUGAACGCGAAGAAGGAAGCCGAGAGGCAGGCCAGGAGGGAAGAGAAGCAAAACAAGAUAGCAGCUUUCACGCAGAUCUUGCAAACGAUCAAGCAAUUCACCGGCGAACAAGAAAUCGACAAGCUCACCGCGCACUUCAUCAAGCAGGAGGAGGAGAAUUUCGCGCUCUUUAGUUACGUGAAUGAGCUGAAUGAUGAGCUGGAGAGUCUUCAGGCGAGAAUGGAGCAGCUGACGGCGGCUAUUGACGAGGCACGUGCCUUGAACGUACACCGGGAUCAGCAGCAAGCCAAGAGCUUGGAGAAGAUCGCUAAACAGCUGGAGGAACAGACCGCCCUAGCAGACGCCGCAGAAGAGGACCUCGCACAGUGCAACGACGUGAUAGAUAAGCUGCUGCGAGGGAUCGAUAGUCUCUUCAAGACGAUACGGUGCGAUAAUUCGCCAAUUUUAGAAUUGCUCGGCGACAACACUCACGUGACCAUGAGCAACGUCAUGCUCUACUUAGGCAUCAUUGAGAAACGAAUUACCGAAAUGUUUCACAAGGUCUACUGGGUAGACACAACCAGCAAAGUUCCGCAAUUACGGCUGGACGAGGAAAAGAAACCCCGACUGAAAGUGCCCGCCCUUACUCGCAUUGUGCCCACCCAACCCUGCGCCCUUUGCGUGGAGCAAGAACAGAUGCAGUUCGUCUCGGAGGGGCUGGAGGCGCCGCUGACACGUGUCGAAGCCAUGCAGAAGCUGCAACAACGGCUCAAGGACGAUUAUACGGAGCUGCUUCAUAACGUGUCCAACUGUCACUUACCGGCAGCUAGGAAGAUUAUACAGAAACGUUAUCAAUAAAGCGGAUUAGAAACGA